GUUGAGAUACAGUGUCAAGCCACCUCAGUGUGUCAGACCUGAACAGACAAUGAGAGAAGCACGCAGGAACUUUUGGUGGAGAAGAACUGACAAUAGAAAGAAGGAAGGAAGUGGCCACACUGUCAUGCUGCAGCCAUAGAUGAAGGCGAUCAUGAAAGCCAGAGUUUGUACAAGAAAGGAGUUUUCUGCCAUUUUUUUCUUCCUGGCUGUCCUUGUCUUCACCUUUCUGCUACGUAACACAGACGUUCUGAAGGCUCAAACCCAGUCCAAACCUCCACCACCACAUACCAGCCUACUGCCCCGGCAGCCUGUGUGUCCUGGUUGUAAGUCUCAGACUAAAGUGAAGUCCACCAUCAUCGUCCCAAAAGUUUCCUCUGAGCCUGACAUGCGUCACAGCUUCUGCACCUUCCAGCCACGAUCACCUGAGGAUGCUCUAGAGGAACGCCGCCUACUAGACUCCAUUGCUUGGCCUGAAGCUCCACCUCUGUCAGAUCCUCUUUCUCUGGAUCAGACCAGUGAUCCAGCUCACAGCACCUUCACCAUUCUCCCAGGGAGGACAGGAGGACAGUGGCAUGUCGGCGAUCAGCUGGAGGUUAUGAUCAAAAUGUCUGACUUCCAUGGCCGUCCCAAGAAGUCUGGGGGAGACUUCUUGGUGGCCCGCCUGCACAAUCAGAAGCUUGGUGCAGGUGUGGUUGGGAAGGUGGUGGAUCAUCACAAUGGCAGCUACUCUGCUGUUUUCUCUUUACUCUGGGAAGGAGACGCACAGGUUGAGGUGAUGCUGGUUCACCCUCGUGAGGCUAUUCAAGUGCUGAACAGGUUGAACAGUGAACAGCCUGACAGGAUUUACUUCAAAAGUGUCUUCCAAUCAGGCUCACUUUCUGAAACUACUUUCUGUAACGUGUGCCUACGUCCAACCCAGCCAUUGUGCAACUACACUGACCUCCGUACAGGCGAACCUUGGUUCUGCUACAAGCCAAAAAAGUUGAGUUGUGAUGCCAGGAUCAACCAUGCUAUGGGAGGAUUCAACCAAGACCUCAAUGCCAACGAGGACAAACUCUUUCAAAGUGGUGUCAACAUGAAAGUCUCCAUUCGGGCUUCAGGACCGGCCAGUGUUACUGUGUUGCCUAAAACGCAAGAUCAAUCAGAGGUGAAGAGCAGCAUUGUGACAUCUGGACCCUCUGGCUAUUACUACCAGGGUGUGUGGCGAGCACUAGAUGGAACCACAGUUCACCAGUUCAACGACGCCUCUGCCAUCACUCAGUGUCUGAAAGGCAAAGUGGUCCACAUGUAUGGAGACUCCACUGUCAGGCAGUGGUUUGAAUACCUCAACACAGCACUACCAGAUCUUAAGGAGUUUGACCUGCACAGCCCCCAAAAAGCUGGACCUUACAUUUCCUUGGACUAUGCAAACAACAUCUUGGUGACGUCCCGCUUCCAUGGUCCUCCGAUCCGUAUCGUUGUUGUCCCAACCAGUGAGCUUCGAUAUAUUGCCAAUGAACUGGAUGGUGUCAUCGGAGGCACCAACACUGUUGUAGUUUUUGGCGUCUGGGCUCACUUUGGCACUUUCCCCAUGGAGAUCUACAUCCGGCGGCUGCAGAACAUCCGCAGGGCGGUGGUGCGGCUGCUGAACAGGUCUCCAGGUACACUGGUCGUUAUCCGAACAGGAAACCUCAAAGCUUUGACGCUCACUGUGUCAUUAACCAACAGUGACUGGCAUUCACUGCAGUGUAACAAUGUGCUGAGAACCAUGUUCAAAGGACUGAAUGUUCGUCUGAUCGAUGCCUGGGAGAUGGUCCUCGCCCACCACCUGCCGCAUGACCUCCACCCACCGCCUCCCAUUAUUAAGAAUAUGGUGAACAUUCUCUUGUCACACAUAAGCCCACAAAAGGGUGGCUGGUGGGGUUGAUUAGUGGGUGGGGGAUUAAAGGACAAGCUGAGUUUACAUGUUAUAUCUUUGUUUGCACCAAGUGCUGCAACUGAUAUAUUGGUGGAAAGUGCCUUCUUUAAACCUUUUCAUCUUUUAUAUAAACAUUAAUGUAUACAUUUUGUCACUGUGUUACUGUAAUUCGUCAAAAACACAAUUUAAAAUGUAAUAAGAAAAAGGUGCCUUAUAUGUGUUUAUUUUAUAUGAACUGUUUAUUUAUUAGUAAGUAAGUAAGUAAGUAAAAUUUAUUUAUAGAGCACUUUUCAUAGAUACAAUCACAAAGUGCUUUACAUCAGGGAUAAAAUGCAGUAAAAUAUAGAGUUAACAGAAAAAACACACAAUAGCACAACAACAGGUAACUUCACGUAUGCCCGGAAAAACAUCAACAUCAGGGGAAAGCCUGCCUAAAGAGAUAUGUUUUAAGUUCUAUCUUAAAACUGUCAGUGGGGGGCGUCCCGGUGGCUCACACUGGUAGAGCGCUUACCAUGAAGGCCGUGUGCUUGCUGCAGCGGAACCGGGUCUGUCUCUAUCUAAUAAAGCAGUAAAAUGCCAAAAAAAAUAAUCUAAAAAAACCAAAAAACUGUCAGUGGACUCUAUGCUGCGUAAGGUCAGUGGAAGUGCAUUCCAGAGGCGAGGAAUGAUUAUGGCCUGUUUCAGGAUAUAGAAUAGAAUACAAUAAUCUUUAUUGUCAUUGCCAGCAAUGACAGAGUGAAUCAUGUACCUGGACCUUAAUCUGAUCAGAACUCAGUCUGUAAGACAGUUAGCUUCAACCCCCGUCAGAGAAAGGAUGUCUAUCUUACUUUUACACAGAGUUUUAUAAUGUGAAUGUACAAAAUUGGUCAGCACCCUGGUUUAGACUCAGCCUGCCCUUGAUGACACCCUAGGCUAAGUCCUUAGCCUCUUGGUGUUAGAGCUUCCGGUCGGCGUCUGUUGAAGGAAUAUGUUCCACACACAUUUCUUCUUAUCUGGCCCUCUCUGACUAUACCUAGUGUUUCUCAGUGCUUUACUCCCUCCGAGCCCAUAACCUUGAAAAUAUCUCUACAAAUGUGUCCCUGUAACGGGGACACAUUUGUAGAGAUAAAAAUGAGGCAUGUGGAUUCAAAUGCUAACGACCUUAGUUUGUAAUGUUUUUUAUUAUUUUACUACAAUUCUAUGCACUCUGUGUUUCAAGAUUCAGUGUACUGCCCCUGUGAGUUCAUACUCUUAACUCUGCAUUUGAUUAAUGACUAACAAUGAAAUGUUAAACAAAAUAUAUCUUUGAAGAAUCACGGAUUAUUUCAUGAUA